CAAAAAUGAAUGAGUCGUCAUUCACGGAAGGUGGACCGCUAAGAAUAAGAAAUGAAACCCUAACAUCAGUGCUCCACGAGCGCAGAGCCACGUCGCUCAGCCGCUUUCCAUCCCGACCGAAAAGCGACGGGCGACAACAGGCACCUCAUCUCUUCCCCCUAACGGGCAGAGGCAUUUCGCGGGACCACAUCGACCUCCACGAUCAGACCGAUAAAAGCGUCUCUCUCGCGUUCCCCUCCCCCCGUGUCCUCCGGACAGUGCUCCACGACGUGAUCCUCGCCAUGCUGGAGGAGACCACGAUGGACGAGUACAUGAAGCCCCGCGCCCCCCACAGCAAGCCCGUGUUGAAGGCCCUCUUCACGCGGCUGGCCAACUCCUCCAUCAUGAAGCUCAACGAAAACAGCAUGAAUAAGCUGUACGACUUGAUGACGAUGGUCGUGACGUACCAGAUGAGCCAGUGCACGUUCGGGACCGAAAUGCUCUGGGUGACGGUCAAUCACAUCCGAGGCAUUCGGGAGUGCGUUUCGCUUCCGGCGGUUGCGAAGGUCGUGGAUCAGGCUCAUCAUAAGUUCAUCCAGGUGUACACUCGGAAGAGCCAGUGGGAGCUGGAGCUGAUCCGAAAGAACGUCCUCAACUACUUCCAAGACCUCAAGAUUCGAGUGUCCAUCUUCCUGAAGGAGGGGAAGCAGCUGUCCAACGGCCAGUUCGUGCAUUCCGCGUCCGGACUUCCUCCCGGUGGGUCCAUCGAUCCCGCUCUCGGUGUGGAGACUCCCGGUGUGAUCAGGUGCUACGAGAAGGGGGUCCUCACAGGCAUCGAGGAGUUCAAAGGACCGGGCAUCCCCGAAAAAGGAGACGAAACCCUGAGAAUCCCGCUGGGGAGCCUCCUCCUCGACGACGAGCCUGGAACCGAGCUUGGACUCGACAUAUACACGAAGCAGGAGAAAGCGGACGAGAACGAGCGGGCCCCGGACGCCACAUCCCCGAACGCACCCACGGACGCCCCCCCGGAGCUCCCAGACGAUCUGGCUGGGAAGGAGCUGGACGUCUUGGCGCAGCUCCUCGGCAAGAGAGAAUCCGGGAAGGAGAAAGUUCCGGAGUUCCGGCUCAGUCUCUUCGCGACGGAUUUGGAAGAAAGGGAAUACGUCCGAGAAUUGGCGGAAGUCCGUCGGCAGGAGGAAGACCACCGGUCGGCCCGCACCAGGGACGCGGAGCUGCAGAGGGUCAUCGACGAGAUCAGCGUGUCGGAGGAGCCGAGCGCCGGCGUCUCCACGCGGGAGGAGUUCCUUCAGGUCUUGGACCUACAGGAAUGAGCGGGGACGACGAUCCGCGAGAGAAUGAAUCCCCGGAGAAGCGCUGCACUCACCCCUCGGUCAUCUAAGGGAAAUAAAUCGGCAG